AUGACAUCCGCCGAGCCGCCGUUUGGCGUUGAGUUUUGGGCGUCGAAACCAACGUAAAAACGUCCAGCGCUCGUGCUGUCGACCGUUCACUGCGGUUCACAUGUACCGUUUCGCGCACGAGGAAUCCACACUCGUCAAGAUUCUCAACCUCAGCUUCGCAUCCCGCACGAACGCAGGCGCUCGAGGAAGGGACGGGAAGAGAAGAUAAACCCCACGACCUGCUUCGACCCUCCGUUCCCAUGUCCCCCUCGCCCUCUUUCUUUGGUAAAGCUGCGUUUUUGGCCCAUCUUUCUCGGUGCCCAGAAGCUCCGAGGGGGAAGAAAGUCGGCUCCUCCCUUCUGGGUUUUGGCUGUUGGUCGAGUCUUGGGGGGGUUAGAUGGCGGAUGUGGUUCGACUGUCUUCAUUGCGCUUCUCUUCUUCUCCUUCUUCUUCGUCUCUGACGCCGUCCUCUUCGCGCCAGCGUGGUGCCCUCUGCCCUCCUCCUCAUAAGCUCCACAGGUGGUCCGAUGCUUCUGCGAAUUGCUCCUACGGUGGUGGCGUUGCGGGUCUUGGUUUCGGACCCCGAAAGCGAUUUGCCUCUUUGAAGGCACAUGCGACUGUCACUGAAACGGACCAGCCAAAAUGGUGGGAGAGGAAUGCUGGACCCAAUAUGGUUGACAUUCAUUCUACACAAGAGUUUUUGAGUGCGUUAAGUCAAGCUGGAGAGAGACUAGUAAUUGUUGAAUUUUAUGGGACCUGGUGUGCUUCUUGCAAAGCAUUAUUUCCCAAACUCUGCAGGACAGCCCAGGAACACCCUGAAAUCUUAUUCCUAAAAGUCAAUUUUGAUGAGAAUAAGCCAAUGUGCAAAAAUUUGAAUGUGAAAGUGCUUCCUUAUUUUCACUUCUAUCGUGGUGCUGAUGGACAACUGGAGUCCUUUUCAUGUUCACUUGCAAAGUUCCGAAAAAUUAAGGAUGCCAUCCAAAUGCAUAACUCUGACCGUUGCAGCAUCGGACCACCUAAAGGGGUCGGUGACCUUAUUCUAGAACCUGCUUCUCCUUGGAAGGAUGUAUCAGCAGAAGCAACUUCCACCUAAAAAUUCAUAUCAUACUAAAUCUGCUAUAGUACAGCAAGCAGUCUCGACAUGUAUAUUUACACCACCAUGGUGAAGCGACAUUCGUAAGUUGUUUUCCGAUUGCAUAUUUGCAAUUCUUGAAGAAUUUUUGGCUUUGGCUAUGGAUGUCCUUAGUUUGAAGCAUCAAAUGCAAAUCUAAUUCU